GCCCGCCUCCAAGUCCGGAAGACCCGGAGGAAGACAGAGAUUGGAGGCUCAGGCAGUGACGUAACUUUCUGCCUUAGGUGGCCUUCCACUCUGGCGGCUGUGGCGACGGAGGUUUAGGGAAUAUUUACUGGGGCUCCACGCUCCCUCUGCUCUUGGAAGUGCCAUGAGGUCAGUGAGCUAUGUGCAGCGCGUGGCGCUGGACUUCAGCGGGAGCCUUUUCCCGCACGCAAUCUGCCUUGGAGACGUCGAUAACGAUACGUUAAAUGAAUUGGUGGUGGGAGACACCAGCGGGAAGGUGUCUGUGUAUAAAAAUGAUGACAGUCGGCCAUGGCUCACCUGUUCCUGCCAGGGAAUGCUGACUUGCGUCGGGGUUGGAGACAUUUGUAAUAAAGGAAAGAACCUGUUGGUGGCAGUGAGUGCUGAAGGCUGGUUUCAUUUGUUUGACCUGACACCUGCCAAGGUGUUGGAUGCUUCUGGGCACCACGAGACACCAAUGGGAGAGGAGCAGCGUCCAGUCUUCAAGCAGCACAUCCCUGCCAACACCAAGGUCAUGCUGAUCAGCGACAUCGAUGGAGAUGGGUGUUGUGAGCUGGUGGUGGGCUACACAGACCGUGUGGUGCGAGCUUUCCGCUGGGAGGAGCUAGGUGAGGGUCCCGAACAUCUGACAGGGCAGCUGGUGUCCCUCAAGAAAUGGAUGCUAGAGGGUCAGGUGGACAGCCUCUCGGUGACUCUGGGGCCACUGGGUGUUCCUGAACUGAUGGUGUCUCAGCCAGGCUGUGCAUAUGCAAUUCUGCUGUGUACCUGGAAAAUGGACACUGGGUCCCCUCCUGCCUCUGAAGGGGCCAUGGAUGGCAGUAGGGAGGCCCCAGCUGCCCGAGAUGUGGUGCUGCACCAGACAUCUGGCCGUAUCCACAACAAGAACGUCUCCACUCACCUGAUCGGCAACAUCAAACAAGGCCACAGCACUGAGAGUGGUGGCUCUGGCCUCUUUGCCCUGUGCACUCUGGAUGGGACGCUGAAGCUCAUGGAGGAAGCAGACAAGCUGCUAUGGUCAGUGCAGGUUGAUCACCAGCUCUUCGCCUUGGAGAAAUUGGAUGUCACCGGCAAUGGGCACGAGGAGGUAGUUGCAUGUGCCUGGGAUGGACAGACAUACAUUAUUGAUCACAACCGCACCGUCGUCCGCUUCCAAGUGGAUGAAAAUAUCCGUGCCUUCUGUGCAGGCUUGUACGCCUGCAAAGAGGGCCACAACAGCCCCUGUCUCGUGUAUGUCACUUUCAACCAGAAGAUCUAUGUGUACUGGGAGGUGCAGCUGGAGCGGAUGGAGUCUACCAAUCUGAUGAAACUGCUGGAGACCAAGCCGGAGUACCACAGCCUGCUGCAGGAGCUCGGCGUGGAUCCUGACGACCUCCCUGCGGCCCGUGCCCUGCUUCACCAAACGCUCUACCAUCCGGACCAGCCACCACAGCACACUCCUUCAAGCCUCCAGGAUCCCACCUAGCUGUACUUGCCUCAUAGUUGGUGAAGGAUUCUUCUGAACCCCCCACCCUACCCCCUAAAGGUAUCUGUGGUAUUGGCAGGAUAGGGAAUACGCAUUACAGAAGUGCAGGAUUUCACUCUGGGCGUGCAAGGAUGGCAGCAGCCCUAGGGUGACCACAAACUAUAGACUUUGCAGUCUUUUUGGUGAAAGAAGAGACAAGUUGACUCUGCCCAUUUCCUUAUGGACGUCGCCCAUCACACCGGCAGGGUCAUAGGACCCUGGCCUUGUUCCAAAUCAUCUGGGACAUGUCCCACUCCCCACUCUGGCUGUGUAGAAAACAGACUUGUUUGCAUGGCCCCAACACCCAUAAGGAAACUAGGUUUUAGGCCCAGGGAAGCAGUGGAGGUAAGGGCUCCACCCCAUCUUCAGCUCUGUUUUUCAUGGCACAGUGACAUUAGUCAUUGUUUUUUGUUUGUUUUAGUUUUGCUUUUUGAGAUGGAGUCUCGCU